AAAAAAACAGAGGAGGAGCUAUGUCGUCGUCGUCGAUGAUGUACAGAGGAGUUGAUAUGUUUUCACCGGAGAACACAAACUGGAUUUUUCAAGAAGUCAGAGAAGCCACGUGGACGACGGAGGAGAACAAACGGUUCGAGAAAGCUCUCGCUUAUCUCGACGACAAAGACAAUCUUGAGAGCUGGCGCAAGAUCGCCGCUUUGAUUCCCGGAAAAACAGUAGCUGACGUCAUUAAACGAUACAAGGAGCUAGAGGAUGAUGUCAGCGACAUCGAAGCCGGACUUAUCCCCAUUCCUGGCUACGGCGGCCACGCCUCCUCCGCCGCAAACAGUGACUAUUUCUUUGGUCUAGAAAACUCCAGCUACGUUUAUGAUUACGUCGUAGGAGGAAAGAGGAGUUCGCCGGCGAUGAGUGAUUGUUUUAGGCCUCCGAUGCCGGAAAAGGAGAGGAAGAAAGGAGUUCCGUGGACUGAGGACGAACACCUGUAACAACCAAUUUUUUUCACUACUUCAAAUUAAUGUUACAAAAAAUC